AUGAUUUCGUUGAACCCUAUCAGCUUUGCUUUCUUCUUCAAAUUUCGUUUCGUCUGCGGUACGAAACUUUGUCUACGAGUUGUGUUCUCCUGGAAGUUUGUUCCUCGCCGUUCAUCUGGGUUACUGAUUUCCCAAAUUCCCGGUAAGAUUGAAGAUCUCAGAUCAUCUGUGAUGAAUUCUGUUGUCGGUUCGACGAUUGAUCUAGGGUUUGUGAAAUUCCUAAUCUUGCAAAUUGUCAUCGUUUUGGUAUCUGUUCGAUUUUUAAUCCGCAUGUUAUUGUCUAGGGUUCCUGAAAUUUCUGUCUCUAUGCUAUUGAAUGGAGAUGAGAAUGUUGGAAUGCCUAUCAAGUGUGGAAAAAUACAAACUACAGUCAAGAAACCACUGCUUAAUAGGUUUAGGGAUCAUAUAGUUGAAGGACAAGUUUAUAGAAUGGCAUAUUUUACUGUUGUGUCAAAUCAUGGUAGUUAUAGAGCAACUUCUCAUGAAUUCAAAUUGGUUUUCCUUUACCGAACCACUGUUGUAGCUGUUGAUGAAGAUGUAAUCCCUAAGACUUGUUUCAACAUGUUUCCUUUUUCUGAGCUGUUGAACAUGACCCAAGAUUAUGAUUUCUUAGUUGAUGUCAUCGGUCUUUUAACUUCAGUCGGAGAAGAGAAAGAAUAUGCAAAAGAGGGGAAAAUUGUGAAAAUGAUUGCAUUGGAAUUAACUUCAAAAGAUGUUACAGUGCGAUGUGCAUUGUUUGGGGAUUAUGUUAAUCAAGUGAAUCAUUUUCUUGCCUCUGGCUAUGUGGAGCAGCCUGUUGUGGUGAUUCAGCUUGCAAAAGUCAAGUUCUUUAGGGGUCAAGUAGGUGUUCAAAAUGUCAUGUAUGCGACUCAAAUGUUAUUUAAUCCUGAUAUUCCUGAAGUUGUUGAGUUCAGGCAGAGUAUGAUUGAGCAAGGUGUGAAUGGUACCCAUCCACUGUUUAUUGCAAAUGAGGGUAAAGUUCUCUCAUUGGAAGAUGAUUUCAUGCGUUUAACUAGGAAAUGCACUAUUGAAGAGCUUCAAGAUAACAAUCAGGAGGGUUCUUUUAUCAUUUUUGGUACAAUCCAAGGUAUUGUUGAGGAUGGAGGUUGGUGGUAUUCUGCGUGUGUGUGUGGAAAGGGUAUCUAUCCUCAAAAUGGUGCAUAUUACUGUGAUUUUUGUUUGAAGCACAUAACUAAUGUGACUCCAAGAUUUAAAAUUAAAAUAAUAGUUGAAGAUCAUACUGGUGAGGGUAUUUUCCUUCUCUUUGAUCGUGAGGCAUCUUAUUUGCUUAAGAAGUCAUGUGCUGACUUGUUUACUGAGGUUCAAAGAGAUGCAAGUCUUAUAUGUGGGGAUACUUAUCCUCCCAUAUUUCAAGUGCUCAUUGGAAAGAAGUUGCUUCUCAAGGUUGAUACCAAAGGUGUCCCACAGGAUACAUUUUAUGGGACUUUCCGAGUUAGGAGAAUUUGUGAUGAUUCAACUAUUAUUGCGAUGUUUGAACUUCCCGAUUAUGAUGCUGAUGACGAGUGUACUCCAAAAAAGGUUAGAUAUACAUACAAAUAUUUUUAG